AUGAAAGCAGGGAUGUCACUAGAUGAUCCUUCAAGCAAACGGCAAGCUUAUCGCUUGAAGAAGCAAGAGAAUCGGGAAGAAUUGAAACAUGUUCGGAUCGAUGCAAGUGCUAAAACAGAGAAAAUGGAUCUUCCCAGAAAGAGAUUCUACCGUCAGAGAGCACACUCAAACCCGUUCUCAGACCAUCAGUUAGAGUACCCCGUGAAUCCUGAUGAAAUGGACUGGCAGAAGCUCUACCCACAUUUUUUUGAUGAAGCAACGAAUAGGAUGACCAAGCAGGUGACAAUUGCUGACAUCGGGUGUGGAUUUGGGGGCUUGCUGAUUGACCUGUCGCCAGAGUUUCCAGAAAACUUAAUACUCGGGAUGGAAAUCCGCGUCCAAGUGACUAACUACGUGGAGGACCGCAUUAUUGCUCUGCGAACAAAUCACGCUGAUAACAAUUCUUUCCAAAACAUCAAUGUUCUAAGAGGAAACGCGAUGAAGUUCUUGCCAAAUUUCUUCCACAAAUCUCAGCUUGAAAAGAUGUUUUUUUGUUUUCCAGAUCCUCAUUUCAAGCAAAGGAAGCAUAAAGCUAGAAUCAUAACCAACACUUUGCUAUCUGAAUAUGCUUAUGCCCUUAAGGAGGGUGGUAUCAUUUACACCAUUACUGACGUUUUAGAUUUACAUCAAUGGAUGGCUAAGCAUCUGGAGGAACAUCCACUAUUCGAAAGGCUAUCUUCAGAUUGGGAAGAUCAGGACAAGUGCGUACAGAUUAUGAGAAAUGCCACCGAAGAGGGUAAAAAAGUGGAAAGAAAGAAAGGCGAUAAAUACGUUGCAUGUUUUGUCAGGAUACCCAACCCGGAGAUUGUAUGA